AUGCAGAUGGAGAUUUUUCCUGUUUACCUUCUUCAUAGUGGUGAAUGGGAAGAAAACAAGUUUGUGAAUUUCGUCAGUAAUUGUGUAAUAAUCGAGUCCACAUUCAACUACAACAAUUUAGUUGCAGCUAUUUCGGAACAUAUUAGGAUCGAUAGUGAUUUAAACACAAUAGAGAUUAACUUUGUCCCAAAUGCUGGUUUGCCACCGAUCAUGAUUUACAACGAUACAGGAGUUAAGGUGUAUAUAGAAUUAAAGAAGAAAAACUUGAAUUUCACUGAAUAUCCCCUGUUUGUGACAGUGAAAGAGAUUUAUGAAAAUCAUUUGGUUGUUACAAGUUCUGUGGUUGCUUCAAGUUCCAGUUGUUUGGUUGCUACAAAUUCAAAUUCUAGAGAUGUAUCAACAACUGAUAGCACUGAGAUUAUUGAUAUUGAAUUGAUUGAAAACACGAAAUUUAGUAAAAAUACGGGUAUAAUAGAUAAUAUGUUGAACGAAUUUGUUGAGGAGGAUCAAGUUUAUAAGGAUAAAGAGACACUUAUGAAUGUGAUGAAGAACUUGGUUGUACGCGAGAGGUUCCAAUUCAAGGUGAAGAGAUCAGGCGCAACAAGGUAUCACCUUACAUGUCUGGAUGACAAUUGUGCUUGGAGUUUCAAAUCUUCUGCCGUUUUCAAGGCAAACAUAUUCAAAGUGAGAAGUUACAAUAAUAAUCACACAUGCGGCUAUGGUGAAAGAUACUUAACACAACGUCAAGCUACUUCGGGUAUAAUUGCUAGUAUAGUCAAGGACAAGUAUGUUAAUCCAAAAAAAGUUUACACCGCAAAUGAUAUAAUAGAGGACAUACAAAAGCAACACGGGAUUGAAGUGAGCUACAUGAAAGCAUGGAGAGCUAAAGAAAUAACAAUGGCAAUGAUAAGAGGGAGUCCGAGUGAUUCAUAUAAGGAGUUGCCGAAGUAUUUUUAUAUGUUGGAGCAAACAAAUUCAGGAACGGUUACAAAGUUGCACAAAUCAGAAGAUGGAUGCUUUCUUUAUGCAUAUGUUACGCUAUAUGCAUCUAUCAAGGGCUGGGAGCAUUGCAGACCGAUAAUGGUUGUUUCUGCAGUUUUUGGAAAAAUCCUUCCACUUGCGUAUGCAAUUAUGGAUUCAGAGAAUAACAAAUCUUGGGAGUGGUUCUUUGUCCAGAUAAAGGGUACUUUUGGAGUUAGGGAAGGGAUGUGUAUAGUUUCAUAUAGAAAUGAAAGCAUCUUCAAUGCCACAAAAGUUGUGUACCCAGAAGUACCACAUUGUAUUUGCAUGUUUCACUUGUGGCAGAAUGUAAAGCGCACAUUCAAGAAAAAUCACAAACAAUUGAAGGAUAUCUUCUUUGCUUUGGCAAGAGCUUACACGAUAGAGAAGUUUGAGUACCAUAUGACAGAGUUGUACAAAAUUGAUCCAAGGGUGCAGCCUUACUUGUUCGAAAUUGGGUACGAAAGGUGGUCUAGAGCAUAUUCCAAAGUGAAAAGGUCGAUGGUAAUGACUUCCAAUAUUGCAGAUUCAAUUAAUGCAGCUAACAAGGAUGCUAGAGAGUUACCAGUAAUGCGAUUGCUGGAGUACAUGACAAAUUUGCUACAACAGUGGAACAACAAAAACAGAAAAAGUGCAAUGGAGACAUCUACAGAGCUUGGCGAAAACAAACUCCUUCGGAAAAAUCUGAUUGCAUCGGAGCAAAUGACGGUGAGGCCUGCUACGAAUCAGUUAUAUACUGUGCUUGAAGGGGUAAGGAGAAACAUAGUGUGCCUUGAAGAGGGAACAUGCAGUUGCGGAAAAUUUCAAAUGGAUGAACUUCCAUGUCCGCAUGCUUGGGCUGUUUUGAAGAACCAGCAGCUGAAACCUGGCCAGUAUUGCUCUUUUUACUACAAGAAGGAUAAACUCCUUAGCACUUAUGGAUUUCCAGUGAAUCCGAUGCCAGAAGAGAGUUUAUGGGUAAUCCCAACAGAGGUGAUGGAAGAUGUGGUCCUACCACCUAAAGGGAGAAGGAAUGCAGGAAGGCCAAGAAAGGAAAGACUCAAGCCUGCUUCAGAGAAAGAGUCUAAGAGGGCAUUUUCGUGUUCUGUGUGUGGACAAGGUAGUCACAAUAGGAAAACAUGUAGGAAUCGACCAAAAUAA